CAGAAGCCAGCCUAUAUUACCUGACGUUUUUCCUUUGCGCUCUACCGAUGGCGCAGUGUGCUAGAACGAGGCCACACAUAGUGUUCUUCCUUGCGGAUGACGUGGGAUGGGACGACGUCAGUUUCCACGGCUCGUCUCAGAUCCCGACGCCCAACUUGGACGCCAUGGCUGCGGACGGUAUCGUACUGAACAACUACUACGUCCAGUCUUACUGCACGCCAUCGAGGGCUGCCCUUCUGACUGGACUUUACCCAAUACGCACAGGCAUGCAGGGCAUGCCGAUCGAUAUACCUGAGCCAUGGGGACUGCCGACGGACGUGCGUAUUCUGCCCCAAUAUCUUAAAGAGCUCGACUAUGAGACCCACUUGGUUGGAAAGUGGCACCUCGGGUCUUACAAGGACAGUCUUACACCAACAUGCCGAGGCUUUGACAGCUUUUACGGCUUCUACUACGGAGAGGAGGACUACUACACUCACACCCUCAGCUAUGCAAACCACACAGGUCUUGAUUUUUGGUUGAACAAGGAACCUGAGUGGUCAGACAAUGGAACCUUUUCUACGUCGCUGUACACGAAGAGGGUGCAGACCAUAAUCAAAAACAGGAAAAAGUCCAAGCCACUGUUUAUCGUGGUGAGUUACCAGGCCGCACACUCCGCAGUCUACCCAGAGCUUCUGCAGGCACCGCAGGAAAAUAUCGCCAAGUUUCCCUACAUAGGAGAGAAGAACAGAACAAUCUAUGCUGGGAUGGUUGACACGGUGGAUCAGUCAGUCGGCCAGGUGGUCAAGGCGCUAGGCGACGCUGGAAUGCUGGAGAACACUGUUAUUGCCUUCAGCACCGACAAUGGCGGUGCCCCUUGGGGCUAUCACAACUCUCGCGGUUACAACUGGCCGCUGCGCGGAGCCAAAGGCACGCUCUGGGAAGGAGGCACCAGGGCGGCCGCUUUUCUCUGGAGUCCCCUGCUCGCUUCUAGACGCAGGGUGUCCAACCAACUGAUGCACAUCACGGACUGGUUGCCCACGUUCUACUCACUCGCCGGAGGUGACGCCGCGAAGAUGGCAGAAUUGGACGGAUACGACAUGUGGCGGCCUCUGUCCUACGGACUGUCAUCGCCUCGCGUUGAGAUGCUCUACAACUACGACUAUACGUUCACGAUGUCGUCGGCACUGCGGAACUCUCGGUACAAGCUGGUGCAAGACAGCACGGGACGCUUCGCCGAUCGCUACAACCUACCGGGUGGAAGCCGUCCGCGCAAAGACCUCGACUCUCUGCUUGUCCAGUCAACCGCAGCCGGUGCUCUCAGGAAAAUGUACAGGAAGGAUAACCUGGCCUUCCCCAAGGGUUGGAGGCAGAGAGCGACGCUCACGUGUGGCAAAGGAAAAGCAACGAACUUCUCCUCGAACACAUCCGUCUACCUCUUCGACAUAGUCAAGGAUCCCUGCGAGCUCAAUAACUUGGCCGGCAGACUUCCGAACGUGGUGGCGUCGCUAAAGAAGCGUAUAGAUGCGCUUGCAGCCGCUGCCGUGCCUGUGCGGAGGAAUGCGACCAUUGACCCUAACAGUUUUCCUGAAAACCACGGUGGAACUUGGGCGCCCUGGGUACCAUCAUCGUGUCCGACAUCGUAAAGCUGAUGGAACUAGAAUUUAUAAAAGGUUGCUAAAGUACUGAAUGACGUUCAAAUGGUCAAAGUACAAUGGGUGCACGCGGACGUACGUUGAUGUCGCUCGACGCAAGUUUCAAAAUAAUGUUGCGAGUGAGGUAUCCUGUUGCUUGAG